AUGCAAUCAAAAGUUUUAAGUAAUGUUUGGCCUGUUCUACGGCCAAAAAUUUUUCAACCGAGUUCUCCACAACUAUGGACAUUAGGAAAAAGACUUUAUUCAAACGGAGAUGAGGCUGAUUUGGUGGUUAUUGGUGCUGGGCCUGGAGGGUAUGUUGCAGCUAUUAAAGCAGCACAAUUAGGGAUGAAAACUGUUUGCGUAGAGAAAAAUGAUACUUUGGGUGGAACUUGCCUAAAUGUCGGAUGUAUUCCAUCAAAAGCUUUACUAAACAAUUCUCAUUAUUAUCACAUGGCUCAUUCUGGAGAGUUGGGAAAACGAGGAGUCGUUAUUAAUGGAGAUGUUUCUUUAAAUCUAGAUGUACUAAUGGGUACAAAAAGUGAUGCAGUAAAAGCUUUAACUGGAGGAAUAAAAAUGUUAUUUAAAAACAAUAAGGUGUCUCAUAUUCAAGGUCAUGCAAAAAUCACGGGAGCAAAUGAAGUGACUGCAUUAAAAAAAGAUGGAUCGCAAGAAGUUGUUAAAACGAAAAAUAUUCUCAUAGCUACAGGUUCAGAGGUGACUCCUUUUCCUGGAAUCGAAAUCGAUGAAGAGACAAUUGUUAGUUCGACUGGAGCUUUGUCAUUGAAACAAGUUCCCCAAAAGUUAGUCGUGAUUGGAGCAGGUGUCAUUGGAUUAGAAUUGGGAUCCGUUUGGUCGAGGUUGGGUGCAGAAGUAACAGCUGUUGAAUUUUUAAAUUCAAUCGGAGGAGUUGGCAUAGAUGGAGAAGUUGCUAAAUCUUUUCAAAAAAUACUAACAAAACAAGGUCUCAAAUUUAAAUUGGGUACUAAAGUUACCGGAGCCACUAAAUCAGGGAGUGGUAUAACCGUAUCCGUUGAAAAUGUUAAAGAUUCGUCUAAGAAAGAAGAGCUCGAUUGCGAUGUUUUAUUAGUUUGCGUCGGAAGGAGACCAUAUACAGUCAAUUUAGGUCUUGAAGAAAUGGGAAUUGAAAAAGAUGAAAAAGGAAGAAUACCUGUUAAUUCUAGGUUUCAAACCGUUAUACCUAACAUAUUCGCCAUUGGAGAUUGUAUACACGGACCAAUGUUGGCCCACAAAGCUGAAGAUGAGGGAAUUGUUUGCGUGGAAGGAAUCGCCGGUGGUGCAGUUCACAUAGACUACAAUUGUGUUCCGAGUGUGAUUUAUACUCAUCCCGAAGUUGGAUGGGUUGGAAAAUCCGAAGAAGAUCUUAAAAAAGACAGUGUAGAAUAUAAUAUUGGAAAAUUUCCAUUCGCUGCAAAUUCACGAGCAAAAACAAAUAACGACACGGAAGGUUUUGUUAAAGUUUUAGCGGAUAAAAGAACGGAUAAAGUUUUAGGAGUUCACAUUAUUGGUCCCGGUGCUGGAGAAAUGAUAAACGAAUCCGUUUUAGCUAUGGAAUAUGGAGCUUCUUCGGAGGAUGUCGCUCGAGUUUGUCACGCACAUCCGACGUGUUCGGAAGCCUUGAGAGAAGCACAUUUAGCCGCAUAUUUUGGAAAAGCUAUCAAUUUUUCAUAA